UACUGAAUAUAAAUGGGGUUUGCUUGCAAAAUCUGCGCAGGCAAAGUCGCAGGAGAAGAUAUAUUAGAAGAAAACAGACUAGGAAGAAAAGAAAAAUCUAAACAAUGUCCCAUUUGCAGAAAAGUAUUCAGUUAUCAUAGUCGACUAAUCACUCAUCUAAAUAGACAUUCAUCUUGGAAAGAGAAUUGUAAAUGUGAAAUUUGUGGCAAAUCUUUCAAAUGGAGAAGCAGUCUUCAUUCUCAUAUGAAGACUCAUAAAGGACCUCUUCCAUAUACUUGUCAUUUGUGUCUAAAAGCAUUUGGAUAUUUAUCUUUAUUAAAGCAUCACUUAAAGCUGAAGCAUCCAUUUUCUUUAUAUUAA